GGCUCCCACCACGCGAGCAGCGGCCGCGGGACCCGCACGGUUCGGCUCGGCUCGGUUCGGCUCAGUUCGGUUCGACUCAGUUCGGCACUGCCGCUCCUCCGCCUCAGGUUCAACAGUGUGACCACUCUCUUGAUUCAUAUACUCACAGCAAAGCCUCCAUCUCUCUCAUGGAUUAUAGAUCUAAAUUGAUGGCUUCAGUAACAGAUGCCAGAUACAGGCAGAAGGAUACUUCAGAUCAAAAUUUUGAUUACAUGUUCAAACUCCUGAUCAUUGGCAACAGCAGCGUGGGUAAAACAUCCUUCCUCUUCAGAUACGCCGAUGACACUUUCACACCAGCCUUCGUUAGCACAGUAGGAAUCGACUUCAAAGUGAAAACCGUUUAUAGGAAUGACAAGCGGGUGAAACUGCAAAUUUGGGAUACAGCUGGACAAGAACGAUACAGGACCAUCACUACAGCCUACUACCGAGGAGCCAUGGGCUUCAUCCUCAUGUAUGAUAUCACCAGCGAAGACUCCUUCAAUGCAGUGCAGGACUGGGCCACACAAAUCAAGACUUACUCCUGGGACAACGCACAAGUGAUCCUGGUCGGAAACAAAUGUGACAUGGAGGAUGAACGAAUUGUUCCUGUGGAGAAGGGGAAACAUCUGGCAGAUCAGCUAGGUUUUGACUAUUUUGAAGCUAGUGCCAAAGAGAACAUCAACGUAAGGCAGGUGUUUGAGCGUCUCGUGGAUAUAAUCUGUGAAAAGAUGUCGGAGAGUAUAGAAUCAGACCCUUCCAGGGGCGCUUCGGGAAGGAGCAUGCGACUCACAGACAACCCACCUCCCUCGCAGCAGAACUGCUCGUGCUAGUGACCUUUCCCACUGAGAAAUGUCCUUCUCCUUUCCCGACCCAAUUUUAUGUUUUCUUUCGUUGUGGUGCAUUAUCAUGUAGUCCAAAGGCAGAAGUCCCUGUUGUAGGAAACUGGUACGUUUGUUUACUGUGCUGGAGUGUUACUAUUAUGUAUUUCCUCAUCCAAUUAUUAAAAAAAAAAAAUCAGACUAAAUAUUGUAAGUGCACCUUGUGGUAAUGUGAGUUGUAUUGAAGAAAAAUAAUUGUAUAGUGUUGCAAAUGUUAUUUCCGCAGAGAAUGUUGCUUUUUUAAUUAUAAAUUCAUCUACUGCAGAAAGAGGUUUUAUUGUCAAGAACAGCAGGAAACAUAAAAACGAAUCAGAAGGAAGCAGGUCUAAAAGAAAAUUGGGACAAAAAUCUCUCAUAAAGCGAGAAUAUGCCUUUUUUUUUGAUAUUUUAGAAAAAAUUUCUCCCCAGAUAUUUGGAGUCAUUGUUGCUGUCUUCUAGACACAGACCGUUGUUUUUUGGUACGAUGGAGCAGAAAGUAGCGUGUUCCUGUCUGGCAGUUUGAGGUCCUCCAGAGAGCCCAGAGAAGGACGACGUAGGUUUUGUGUCAAACCUCUCCAGGUCUGGACCUGCUCCGGUCUCCCGCUCCGUGGUGGAUUUGUUGCAGGACACAGGAGAGGAGGAAUUAGCUGCUGUGUGUUCGGCUGGAGGGAAAAUCUGACAAGGAAGACUUAGAACAGCGUCGUCAUGUCAAGCUAAAAAUACCAGGAGCCAAAACGUGAGUGUUGGCAAAUAGUGCCAAUAUUACUUAUGUUUUCUUUCUGCGUUUUGUUGUUGAUUUCAAAUUUAAUUUUAUUUUAUUUUGUACCAGAUAGGUGCGUGUGUGGGGAUGUUUUUUUCUGGGUUCAUAUUUAACCACAAAGUAUAAUUAAAAAGGGAAGACUGAUUAAUAAAACGUAACUGCAACCGGAAAAUGGCAAAGAUAUCAUUCUUUGAAGGGAGGAACAAUUUUUAAUACUUAGCAUCUAAAAUACUUAUAUUUCCAACCUCUCUAAAAUGACAAAACUUCUACAUCUGUGUGUAGAACUUUGUGUGCAUUAGGCAUACACAGAGCUUGCAUUUCUCUGAAAUACAUGGAGGAAUCGGUUUUGUGAAUCCGUGAAAUCCCACACGCUGUCUGCCUGGAUGAUCACGCAUGCAGGUGCGCAUCCCAGCUCCAAACACUGAUGGCAAAUUACGUCUGUAAAUGUAAAUUCUGAAAAUUCUGGGAAGUUUUAUUGCUUUAGCUCAGGCCUAUUAACUCCUCUGACUGAGGAGACUUUCUGAUGUCAGAACCUGGGGUUGAGUAUCUGCCCUGUGCUGUAACUUGCUGGAUCGUGACGCUAGCAAAUGCUUUUGUAUUUCAUUCUGUUAUGCCUGAAAGUGUAAUUGUUCUAAGAAAAAUUCACAAUAUUCUGGAGAAAAAUGCAACUACAUUGAGGUAGUUUGGGCGCAUUGUCCGAAAGGCUCGAUCCCUUCCUCUGUUUUAUGUUGCUUUCAGAAAUCUUGCCUGUGAUGUAUUUUGGGUGUCGUACUGAAAGUGCCAUUUGUGCGGUGCUAGGAACGUGGUUAUUGUAUCAAAAUCAUUGAAACUGCAAAAUAAAGAGAACUGUAGUCACCGGGUGUGGCCACAGCGCUUGUGUGAGCUGCAUCACUAGCAUUA